AGCGAUUUAUAUUUAAAUAUUUUCCCUCGAAAUUUCCAGCUCAAUUGGUAUGCAGCAAAUACAUUUUGCAAGAGUCAAAACUGGCAACUCAUGGCAAUCGAAGAUAUUUAUAGUCAUUUGAAUUUAUUGGGCUUUCUCAGCUAUUAUGAUAUCUUGAAUACCCGUUUUUGGACUGCUGGCAAUUCUCUACUUACAAAGGGCGCAUGGCGUUGGGGCGUUGGCGAACAGGCAACUGAAUUCAAUUUCACCAAUUGGGGCUCGGCUUAUCCCUCGGAUGAAGAUUCGAAUAGGAAGUGCGUACAGUUGGCGCCACGCACUUUGGAUUGGGAGGAUGAGUCGUGCAGUAUUCAGCGUGAAUUUAUUUGUCAAAAGUCAGCUAUUCAAUAAAUAAUCUUUAAUAAUGAAUAUAUGUGUGUAUGCGUUGU